AUGGCUCUCCUCCGACUCCAAGAGCAGUGCUCGCUCCUCCGAAUCUCCAGCUCCCACCACCCAAAUCCUCUCGAUGCCCCAAGAAAUCCUCGCAAGAACCAGCUUUUACUGCCCAAUGCGGCCAAGACUUCCAACGCCUCCGAAAUCCCGGUUCCUCGCAUCCCCACCAGCGCUUCCAAGGCCGCAGUCCUGGCGCCGAAGGCGGCGCUUUGCCUGGACGCCCUUGUCCCCGAGUACGUCUUCAAGAAGUACAAGCCCGUGAGCGCCAUCGAUGCGUUCCGCAAGCUACGCGACGUGCCGGAGGCGCAGCUGCUGGACAUCAGGCGGGGCAAGAGCGUGCGGUUCAUGGCGCCACCGAACCUGAAGCUUGUCGACAAGAGCACCGUGCAGGUGGAGUUCGACGAGGAGGACGACAAGGGGUUUGUCAAGGAGGUGCUGGCGAGGUUUCCAGACCCGGCGAACACCGUCGUCUGCGUCCUUGACAACUUUGAUGGUAAUUCUUUGAAAGUUGCUGAGCUACUGGUGGAGAAUGGUUUUAAGGAAGCCUAUGCAAUUAAAGGGGGCUUGAGAGGCCCAGAAGGGUGGCAGGCGGUUCAAGAAAAUUAUCUUCCCCCAUCUGUUCAUGUUUUCCCGAGGAAAAAAAAGGGUGCAAAGUUAGCUCACACAGAUGCAAGCAAUGAUGGAACAUACGGUCAGCAGCAGGGAAGCGAGGAAUCAUCUGCUCCUCCAAGCAGGUUUGUAGUCAAUACAGGCGAUGAAUCCAAAGAUGUUUAUGAAAAUUCCAAUGGUAGUACAACUGCUGCAAAACAUGCAACUAGGAGACCAUUAUCGCCAUAUCCAAAUGUAUGA